AUGAAAGAGCAGCCUGACGAGCGCUUGUUGCUCGACGAGGAGGAUGCGCUCCACAUUGAGUACCCAUACAAACACUUUCCUCUACGCUCUGAAGUUCAAUGGACAACGCAUCCCGGUGACCCAGAUUAUUGGUCAAAUACGCUCUACAUGGGUGAAGCAUCAGUUGAGAGUGAUUUGGCAUGGAACAAGCUCAUAAGACGGCACGGAUUCCGAGCUUUCCAGAAAGAAGCCGAGCAAUUGAAUCUAACAAGCAGCCUUCCUCUCAAAGAAGGGGGAGUGUCUGCAAGUUUAGGCGUCGACCACAACCUUCACUGCUUGCGCCAUUUCAAGCAGUGGUACUUUCGGGACUACUACUACAGAAACAAAACCGUUGAAGACCUAGCUUGGCUCGAGGGUCACACCUUGCACUGCUUGGAGACUUUGAGAAAAUCGGUGAUGUGCUUCCCUGAUCUGAAUCUCAGUCCCUACUAUAUGGUACCUGAGCAGCCUCAUCAUCCGACUCAUAUUAGCACAUGGGGGAAAAGGCAGUGUGUGGAUUAUGACAUGCUGAAUAACGCCCUGAAUAGGAGACGGUAUUCUCGGUCGGAAUACGGCGAAGAUGUCAAUCGUUUACUUGACGCAGCUAAUCGUGAUUAG